UAUGAAUGCGUUGUUAUUUGUGUUGAAUGUUGUGUUGAAUGUUGUGUUGAAUGUUGUGUUGAAUGUUGUGUUGAAUGUUGUGUUGACAGUGAAUGUAGUGAUGGAGUCAAUGAUGUGUUUAUUGUUUUGGUUUGAAUCCAAUCAAUAAACUCUUUGAUUGACUCAAACAAUGAGUCAUUUAAUUGGUUUAAAUAAAUACCAAUUGAUUUGUAAACUCAAUGAAACCAACAGACAAAUAGAGAGACUUAAGACAUCUGUUACCAGACAUGAAGUGGUGGCCAACUUGUAUCGACAACUUUACCUCAAUUGCCGCCAAAUGGUUGGUCACAGGGAUGGCACUCGUAUCAGAAGUACAUUAGAUGAAAAUGAACGCCAACUCUUGCAACAGAUGCAAGUGCUCGACGUGUGUCACAAUCACAUCCAGAUCUCAGUCGACAGACAGCCACUCAUCGACACACUCGGGAAACUUGAGAUCUGCACCGAUAAGUCAACUCAAUAUCAAACGAUUGACAUUUCAAGUGAUACACAUAUGGCUGACACUGAUGUGUCUACAAAUUGUCCAAAAGAUGCUCAAAAUAGGGUUAAAGUUAGUAAUAAUUCAAUACAUCAAUACUGCCAUCAAGAGACUGACGACCAGAAAGUCGAAAGACUCAACUCUACCAUUGAUUUUAUUAAAGAUACCAUCGAUAGGGUUCUCAGGAAUAGUAUUCAAAUUGAUAUCUCAGACACUACUGACUCUACCGAUGAUAUAACGGAUCAAACAGAUAAUUGUGAUUCAAUUGAUGAAACAAUCGAUGAAUUACUAAAUACGGAAACUAUUGUCUCUCAAGGAGUCAGUGAAGACAAAGUUCUUGUUUGCAAUUAUUGUAACAAAAAGUAUAAACAUAAGAAAAGUCUGGACAAACAUAUCUCACAAAUCCAUAAGUAUUUAAAAACCGAUUCAUCAAAUGAUAAUAACGUGACUAAUAAGGAGCUGAAGAAAAGCAAAUUUAAAGCAAUGCCAAAGUCUAAGAAAAACAAAAAAUAUCUCUUUCAGCGAUCAGACUGUACUCUUGAGUUGCAAAAUGAAACUCAAUUGCAAACUCCUCAACAAACUCAAGAUGAGACACAAUAUAUUCAUCAAAAUCAUUGUGAAAGUCAACCGAUUCAAUAUGAGAUCAGUCAUACACAGCAACAACAACAACAAACUCAUGAAGAGAAUAGACUUCACGAUGAGUUAGUUCAUCAAAAAAUGAUUGAAAAUGUGAGUAAUAUGUGCACUGAAUGUGGCUAUUAUUUUGAAGACGAAAACCAAAGGAAAAGUCAUAUGUUAUGGCAUCAGUCGUCGUCAGUAUCAACACAGCUGAUGAAUAUACCAUACAAUAUACCAUAUAAUCCAGAUAUCAAUUUGAUAAAUGGAUUCAAUGAGUACAUGAAUUAUCCAUACGAUAACAGUUCCCAGUGCUCAUUGAUUGUUAAUAAUAGUAAUAAUAGUCAAUUGACUUAUAAUAAAUUGUAUGACAUUGACCUCAACUCAACUGAAGCUAAUCUUAUGACAAAUCAAAUAUUUUGUUGUAAUUUUUCAAACUGUGAUUACAAGACAUAUGUUUACAAUGACUUAGAGUUUCAUCUAAGAGAAGCUCACGAACAUAGAGUUUACACUUCAUUAUAA